AUGUCGGCCAAGCGACAACAUCAUGAUUCGUCCAGCGGCGAGUCUGUCGUUUCGGAGAAACCUCCCGUCGCGACUGCACCGCAAGAACAAACCGAUAUGACAGCAACCCCCGAGGGCAAUGAGAAGGAGGAUGUGAUCGAAAAGAAGGCGUCUGGCGCUCCGCUAGACCGCACACCGUCGCAGGCAGCCAAGAUGGGCAAGAAGAAGAUUGUGGUCGUCAUGAUCGCGCUCUGCAUGGCUCUAUUUCUGGCGGCUUUGGAUAUGACUAUCAUCUCAGUCGCGCUUGUCAAGAUUGCCGCCAACUUUGGUGCUUCCGAGAGUGGCUACUCAUGGAUCGCUUCGUCGUAUCUCCUUGCUAACGCGGCCUGUAUUCCGCUUUGGGGCAAAAUCAGCGACAUCUGGGGUCGCAAGCCGAUUAUCCUGCUUGCCAAUGUGAUCUUUUUGGUUGGUAGUCUGGUCUGCGCCCUGGCGAAGAAUAUGGCCAUGAUUGUGGCUGGUCGAGCUGUCCAGGGUGUUGGCGGUGGUGGUAUUAUCAUUCUGGCCAAUAUCAGUGUUUCCGAUCUUUUUAGCAUGAGAGAUCGACCUAUGUACUACGGCCUUUUCGGCGCCACCUGGGCCAUUGCUGGUGCUCUGGGACCCAUUAUUGGUGGUGCUUUCACCACCUCUGUUACGUGGAGGUGGUGCUUCUGGCUCAAUCUUCCCAUUGGUGGCGUUUCCUUGGUCAUCCUCUUCUUUUUCCUGCACAUCGAGUCACCCAAGACCAACUUCUGGGAAGGCCUACGCAGUAUCGAUUGGGCCGGAACCUUCCUUAUCAUCGGCGGUACUCUCAUGUUCCUCUUCGGACUUGAAUUCGGAGGCGUCAACUACCCGUGGGACUCGGCGACCGUCAUCUGUCUCAUCGUCUUCGGCGUCUUUGUCUGGGGCCUUGCCAUGCUGUCUGAGUGGAAGCUGGCCAAAUUUCCCAUCAUCCCGCCUCGUCUAUUCAAUGAGUGGUACAAUGUGCUGAUCCUGAUGGUCUGCUUCUGCCACGGUUUCGUCUUCAUCUCCGGAACCUACUACCUUCCGCUCUACUUCCAAACCGUUCUCCUCGCAACUCCUAUUCUGGCUGGUGUCUACGUCCUCCCGAUGGCCCUGUCUCUUUCCGUCGUUUCCGCCAUCGUCGGUGUCGGCAUGAAAAAGACCGGUCGCUAUCGCGAGUUCAUCAUUGCCGGUCUCUUCUUCAUGUGUCUGGGUUUCGGUCUGUUCAUCGACCUUAAGCCUUACGCCUCCUGGGCCCGGAUCAUCAUCUUCCAAUUGAUUGCGGGUGUAGGUGUCGGCCCGAACUUCCAAGCUCCCCUGGUCGCAUUCCAGGCCAACAUCCGUCCCUCCGAUAUGGCCACCGCCACAGCGACAUUCGGCUUCGUGCGCCAGCUGUCCACCUCGAUGUCCGUCGUGCUCGGAACAGUCAUCUACCAGAACGUCAUGAAGACGCAGUCCAGUGCUCUCAUUGCCGCCAUCGGCGAAGAGCGCGCCGCCGAGAUUUCCUCCUCCUUCGCCGGUGCAUCCAAGUCUCUGAUCCAGAGUCUGGACCAGUCUCAGCGUGACGUUGUUCUGGGCGCAUUCACCCAUGCCCUGAGCCGGAUGUGGAUCUUCUACACUGCCGUUGCUGGUCUCGGCUUCAUCUUGUCGUGCUUCAUUGUUCCCCGUGAACUGUCCAAGUCUCACACCAUUCAGAAGACCGGUCUCGACGUGCAGGAAAAGGCACGCCAGGAGCGUCUAGAGGAGGAACGUCAGGCCCAGGGCAAGUCUGAGGCCGAGGCGUAG